GCGCCCGUGACGUCAUUGAGGCGUCCCAGUCGGGCUGACGAUCACACUUCGGCACGGAAAGCAGGCGACAACAAGCGGUCUCCCAAACAUGGCUUUGAACCGGAAUCAUUCGCAGAACGGUGGCGUUCUGGUCAGCAACGGAGAAAGUGUUCUACGGGAAUGUAAGAACGUGGAGCUGUCAUUCAGCGAUGUCACCGGCAAGACGGAACUGCUCAGGGGGACGAAGAAGGGCACCAUUUACCUCACACCAUACAGGUUGUUGUUUGUGUCAAGUAACACCAAGGACUGCUUGGGUUCAGCCAUGUUCCCCUAUUACCUGAUGAAGGGCUGCAGCAUUGAGCAGCCUGUCUUUGCAGCAAACUACAUUAAAGGGAGCGUGUCAGCUGAGCCUGAUGGUGGCUGGGAUGGCCAGGCCCAUUUCAAGAUGUCCUUCCCCAGUGGAGGAGCCAUAGAAGUGGGACAGCAUCUCUUCAAACUGGCCACAAAUGCUUCUCGCACUACUCCUGCACAAAACGGGGCUGCCUCUUACGGCUACCCUUCUCCUGGGAUGAUGAAUGGGUACGGCCCACCUCAAUCGGCUCCUCCUGCAUAUCCUUACCCAUCCCCCCAGCAGAAUGGGUUCUACCCGGGCCCUACCCCUGCUGCUGGAAACGUGGGCUACCCCCAUCCAACAGCUGCUGCAGGAAUGUACCCAUCCGGAUUUGACUACAUGGCGCCACCUCCCCCCUACCCAGGGCCCCCCCAAAAUUGGGCUGCACCUCCCCAGAACUGGACAGCAACACCAACACCACCUCCAGGUAACUCCAAGGCGGCCGAAGCAGCUGGCAAUGCGUAUUACAAUCCCAGCAAUCCACACAAUGUCUACAUGCCCAUGGAGCGGCCUCCACCAUAUGCACCUUUUCCAAACUCUCCUGAGAAGAAAAGUAACUGAAGCUCGCCCACCGUCACUUCAACAACACUCCUCCCUCUUCCUCUGUGUCUUUAAUGAAUUCUAAAGUAGAGUAAUGUCGGAGGAUACAGUACUUAUUCCGUAGUAAGUACAGAAAAGGAAAAUGUUACGGAGGGUUCAAAGAUGUCCGUGAUAAUUCACCACUGAAUUAAUGAUCUUUUGGAGACAGGAAUAACAUACCCGGCAGUUUCAUCUUUUAAAUUCUGUUUUUUGCUUAUACUUAAGUUCAUUUAAGAGGGUGGACAACUUGUAACUCUAGCUAGACUCAUCAUAAUUAACAUUCUCAAUGAUUUAUUUCUGUCUAAUUCUCUAGCACGUAGGUAAGGACACCUAAACUGUCCUUGUGGAGAGCUGACAGGAGAAGGCACUAUGCGGAAUGUAUUUCUGACCGAUUAAAUACCAAAACAUAUUCUGACCAUUUCUUGAUUGCAGUUCCUGUAGUUCUUAACAAUAGCCACUCUUACUAUAAAAGGUUCAGUAUUUUUGCAGUAUUGUUGAAGGUGCCGUGUGUGUGUGUGUGUUUCCUAUACAGCUAUACAAGAGGCGAGCAGGUCCGUAUUUAAAACAAACAAACAAACAAAAAAAUUCAAAAGAGAAGCAGACUGGGUUGAAUUGUGUUUAGUGAUACAGUAUCUGACUGAUCUCAUACUAGGACGAACAGGAAUGGCCAGUUCAGGUUUCCCUGACAUGAGGCCAGUGUGACCCUAAACUGCAUCACUUACAUUACAGUCCAAGUGAUUCCAUUCAUCGUGUGACCCGAAUCCCCAUCACAACACAUUAUAUAGUCGAGGUUCUUGUAAUGAAAAAAGGAGCUGUGCAUUGUUUGAAAAAGGGGAUCAGGAUGAUGUAUGUGCAAUAAUUGAACCUCUAGUAACAUGGUUAAAGGAGUCACGCUGGGGCUCACCCGGGUGACCCGUGCUCGCAUGCUACAGCAGCCUCUAGUAUAUUCAUGUAUGCAACGGCGAGCUGAAACCAGAACUCCACCCUCUGAUAAUUACGUUGGUGUGGGGUUACAGGGCCACGGCAUUCUGCUAAGGGCCCUUAGUGUUUGACCUGCUGUUGAAACAAAGCAUUCAUUCCUGAUUAAAGGGGGCCGGGGAAUCGCAGCAGUUUACAACUGUUUUGAAGGACUAUUUGCACACAGCGGACGUGGAUAUAGAAUCUUUUAUUUUGUUCUCGGUUUGCUUGAAUUAAUAAGAUGUCUGUAUAUUAAUAUCUCUUUUGCUGUUCCCAUUCCUUUUGCUGAAUUUUGUCUGUCAAAUCUAAUAAAUUAAUCAUUUAUGGAAAUAUGA